GACAUGUCUCACAAUAAUUCAGCACGUUUUAUGGUUACUUUGACCUUGGAAUCAAUGGACAUACCACCGUCUGGUGGCAUUGCUAUAUUAUUUUUUGCCAUAAUUGCAUACUGUUUAAUCUUGUUGUUUCAGUCCAUGCUACUUGUGACUAUUGUUGUAAAAAGGGAUCUGCAUAAGCCUAUGUACAUCCUGCUCUUUAAUUUGUUUAUAUGUGACAUUACAGGAGCUACAGCUUUUUAUCCUCAACUAAUUUGUAGUACAUUGUCUCAGAGUAGAGAAAUCUCUUAUCCUGCCUGUGCAUUACAAGGAUUCCUCAUUCACAUUUAUGGCACUGGAUCUCCUUUAUUUCUUACGGUUAUGGCCUUCGACAGAUAUAUUGCCAUUUGCGAGCCUUUGAGAUACCACAUGAUGAUGAGAAGGGUCACCUUAGUGAAACUUAUUUUUAUGGUGUGGUCACUAAGUUUUGCUAUGGUUGGGUGUUUAUUCAUGCUUACAACGAGCAAAGAAAUCUGCAGGACAAACAUAGUGGACACAUUCUGCAAUAAUCCCUCUUUAAUGAAGUUAAGCUGUGAGGAUAUAAGUGUGGUUAACUAUUAUGGCUUGUUUACUAUAGCUCUUGUACAAGGCUCUUCCAUAUUUAUAAUAUCAUUAACAUAUAUUAAAAUCCUAAUUACUUGUUUUUCUACUAAACAGGCAAAAUCUAUAAGUAAGGCAAUACACACUUGUGGCACACAUUUAGUUGUUUAUCUGAGUUUUGAGAUUAACGUAUUAUGUUCACUGCUUUCUCACAGGUUUGAAUCAGCAUCUCCACACUUAAGAAGGAUCUUUGCUGUAUCAGUUGUUAUAUUUCCUCCAAUUAUUAACCCUCUAAUUUAUGGGUUGCAAACAAGGCAAAUUCGACAAACAAGUUUAACAUUUAUACAAAGAAAGAUUUCUUCUAUGUAA